AUGGGUCUUAUCACUGAGACGAGGAAGGCAAUUCAGGAUGCUCCGAAGGGCAUGUUUAAUGCUUAUGUGUUGAUGUGUACGUGUGUUUUUGCUUUCGCUGGUGUUGCGAAGGGGUUUGAUGAAGGUAUUUACAUGGACUCACUGCGUGAAGUUAGAAUGGCUAAUGGAUUGUCUGUUGCGGGUGCUGUUUUUGGAUGUCUUGGUUGUCCUCGAAUCAACGACCGACUCGGACGACGAUGGACCUUUCGUUUGUCGACGCUUAUCUAUAUUGCAGGGAUUCUUGGACAGGGACUAUGCAAUGGGAAUCUUUCAGGGCUUUAUGCUUCGAGGUUUAUUGCGGGAUUGGGGUUGGGUGUGCUUACUAUUGUGCCGCCUAUCUAUAUUUCAGAGAUCGCACCGAAAACAAUUAGAGGUCUCCUCACACUGCAACAUGCUGCAUGUCAACAGUUAGGUGUCGUAUUCGGCUUCUUCAUCAACUACGGGGUGACUAAAAGCUACCCCGGUGGUGAUAAACAGUGGAUGCUCCCUACCCUGUUGCAACUUCUCCCGGCCACCAUAUGGCUGGUCGGAUCAUUCCUCUGCUGCGAAUCUCCCCGAUGGCUAUUAUACAAAGGCAAAAGGCACGAAGCAGCCACUAACCUGGUCAAACUGCGCCAUCUACCCCUUGACCAUGCCAUAAUAGUAGCCGAGCUAGCAGGCAUGGACGCCCAACUCCUCCUGGAAACUGAAUCAGUCGGCGAAGCCACCAUAUGGGAGCUUCUGAAAGAGACACUCACCCCAAUUGAGAACCGACGUCGCUUCUUCCUCAUCUUCAUGGCAAAUCUCUUCUCUCAAUGGUCCGGAGCCAACGCCAUCACGCAAUACUCACCCACUAUCUUCGGCUACCUCGGCAUAUCCGGCGAAGAGUCAACCUUCCUAGCAACGGGAAUCUACAGCGUGGUCAAAUUCGCCAGUACUCUCGCGUUUGCCCUGUUCAUCGUUGACUUCAUUGGCCGUCGUCGAUCACUAAUAACAGGCAUCUGCCUGCAAAUAGUCACAUUAGUCUACGUUGGAGCGUACCUCGGCGCUACAAAGGACAUGACCUCAACCCAGAUCAGAAAUACACCCAGUGCCUCGCACGCCUCGACAGCAGCUAUAGUGGCUAUUUACAUCCACGCUGUGGCAUGGAGUAUCGGGUGGUUCGGCAUUCCGUAUCUUAUCGGGUCAGAGAUUUUCCCCAUUAGGAUCCGGUCGCUGAAUGUGUCCAUCUCGAUGGCGUUCCAUUGGGCGUUCUAUUUUGGGUGUUCGAGGGCCAUGCCGAGUUUGUUGGCUGCUACGCAUCGGUGGGGUGCGUUUCUGUUCUUUGGCUGUAUUUGUCUGAGUGGGUUGGUGUAUGUGUUUUUUGCUAUGCCGGAUACGACUGGACGGUCGCUGGAGGCGCUGGAUAGUCUGUUUCAGCGUCCUUGGUAUACGGUGUAUCGGGUUGCUUAUCCGUCUAGUGAAGCUCUUCAGGUGGAGAGGGAGGAUGCGAAGUUGGGGGAUGCUGAGCAUGUUGAGAGGGCAUGA